GCGGGAUGUAAACAAAAACACGUGUCUCGAUGCCAGCUGAUGGCCCCGUUAAGUUGAAAUUUUCAGUUCAAAAAAUCUAAAACCCUAUAAAAGAAGAAGAAGAAGAAAUUUUCACAGUUAUUGCUGCUAUUCCCUCUUUCUGGAUGGCAUUUUCGAGAUGGAGUUGGAUCGGUAUCUUAUGUGGUUGGUCGAUUCUCUGAAGGCUUCUCUUGAUGACGACACCGUGAACCAGACAAAAUUAAACAAAAAUGUCGAAAGCUGUUUCCAGAGGGUGAAGAAGGCCUGUGCAGCCGCCAGCAAGGACAAAGACUUUGAAGACUUCCGCUGUAAAUCCACACUUUUACUGUUGUUGUGCUGCCCGAGUGUGAAGAACCAGCCAGUAGUGAGAUCUUCUAAAGAUUUGCAGCUUGUCAUCUCUGCUGUCCCGACCUUAAAGGAAUCACACUUCCUCUCUGUUGUAAAGAAUCAGAGGUGUUACAGAUGUCUGGUAUAUAUUCUCAGCUUCCUACCGACUUCGUAUCUUCCGACAAUCAUUGAGGAAUAUUUUACAUCUACGGAUGGAGUAAACCCAGUUACCCUUGCAAUGUCACUAGAGCUUUUCAUAUCUUACCUACUCAGUUGGCAAUCAAAUUCAUACCGGGAAAAUUGUGAAAGCGAUAUCCUAAAAUGUUUGAAUCUGUUUGCAAAGUUUCUGUCUUCCAAGACUGUAUCAAGUGACUCAAAAGUGCAGAUAAAAUCGAGUGCAUAUUUCUUCAUGUAUCUCACAAAAUACCUCUUGUUGGUGCUAAAUGUGUACAUAGGCAAAGAAAUGGAAUAUCCAGAAAUCCCAGAAUCAUUAAUCUGUUGGAGAGAUAUGUGGAAAAGAGAGGAGAAGGAGAAUAAAUCCCCACUUAGGAAUAAUCUCUUUACGAAAGAUCUUGUGAUUACAUUCCUCAAGCUUUGUCAGCAUAAAAAUGAAGCCAUUAACAUUGGAAUGUGGAUGGAUUGGAGUGAAAUUAACCUACCAGUAAGUGUCAUUCCUCACAAGGGCUCUACUGUCCAUUCCAACAAGACUGCAGAAAAGAGCAUUCAGUCCGUUAUAUGUAACAUAGCCUUCGAUAUCAUACAGAUCUUCGACUUGCACCCAAAUUUACAUGAAUCCUGCCAGACCAGUGAGUGUCAAGACUUCUUCCAGUUCAUGAAACAAGUAGCCUGUGACCCUAACUACGACCCAGAUUAUGACCUAGGUUUAGAACAGCUCUUACAGGAGAUUGACCUAAGGGAUGAAAGGGAGCAAAAAUUACUUGAGAUCCUCCUAGACAAAGAGGAAAUCUUUUCCUCACAGAAGUGCCUCGACUCAGUGAAAAAUCACCCUGGGAAAGUAUCCUCCAAGACCCGUGGAGAAGUUCUGGUGAAAUACAUCGAUUACGUGAAGUCUGGAAAGGCCGUUAUUGCAGAAUGGCAGGAGUUCAUCUUAGAGUUGGCUGAAGAUAUUCCAUCUGAAGAUCUGAUGCCAAUAAUAGUGGAAAAGUUAGAUUCUGGUCAAAACGAAAUCCUAAAAACCUCAAAUUUUAAUCUUCAAUCAACAGCUGUUUUCAAUCAGCUUGUAGGAGAGAAUGCACCAGAGGUACAAGAGAAACAUGUAUGGUUGUGUCUCCAGUCUGGCAAGGAGGUGGUUCAACAAGCUGUCACUUUGCCCAUUAGUUUGCCUGGACUAGUUCCCGUUAUGGUACGAGCGUUGUCAGCCAUCCCUGAGGUUUGCCAGGCAACUUCACAGUCUGGUAUAUCUGUGCUUGUAAGUGCUCUGCAGCAAAUACAGGCUGCAGGACUUUCCGGAAGGGAGAAGCAAGAUUUUGCCGACCUUGUGAAGGGCUUGAUGAACACAGCGACUUUGCCAGUGGGGGAAUCUCUGCAUAUUCUUAUUGAACCAUACUUAGGGGUGCAAAGUGAAGAGACUUUGGAAGGUGUUGCAUUACCAUUAGAAUUACUCAAGAACAUCAUUGACAAUCAUCCAUCAACCAUAAUUCAACCUGGCAUCAAAUUGGACAGUUUGAUAAUAAGUCUAAUGUGUGUAAUGAGCAACACAGCCCUACUUCUGGGUCAGCAGGCCAACACUGCCCUUGCAUUGCGACUAGAUGCAGAGCAUAUUAUCAGCACCAUAGCUAAAGCUUUGAUAAAAGAUAUGCCUCUUUUUGAGAAAGAUAUUUCAAUCAUCAAACAAGUAACAAGAAAAAUGCAGCUCCACCCUCGCAGUUUCCUACCCUUAGUAAAUCUGCUAGAGUAUGAAAAAUGCCAAGAAUCCAUUGUCGACAGAGUGCUCUAUAAACUCUAUCACACGGAGCUGAAAACUGUAAAGGAAAACCUACAUGGUGGUGACAGUGGUGAUUUCGAUCUGGAUGUGUCUCAGCCACAGUGGAUCUUGGUGCUAGUCCAGCUUUUGCCUCAUGGUGGUGAAAAUGAGUGGAUUUCUGGAAUGUUCUUGACCCACCAGUUUCUACAGUCAGGACAGACAGCCUAUCCAACUCUCCGUGUAAUGCGCCAGUUGUUACAUCUAAUGUGUAUCCAGUGUGUUGAGAGUAGUUUGAACCAAGAAAGUGAGGAAGAUUGCGAUGUUUCUUCCCCGCCUUCAUUAUCCAUCCAACAUUGUUUCAAAAGUUUUUCAGUAUCUGCCAUGGUAUACAUACAAGAACUCCUAAGGAUCCAACCUUACAACAAGAGGUUCAGUCACCUAUGCAACAUCUUCAAAUGGUGGAGCCAAGGCAUUCCUUCGUUCCAGUGCCACCCAGAGCUUCCUGCUCUCUUGCUUGCUAAACUAUGCAACUCCAUAGAGGAAAUGGUCAAAUCGGGGAAGCUCAAGAUUGAAGCGGAUGAAGCUGGGAACGAUGGUCUACAAAAUGGACGCAUGUGGGAGAGCUUUAAUGACAGGGAAGAGAAAAGUGUUCCAGUUGAAAAAGCUCAGCCGAGUUCACAACCUUCUGGUGCCGAUGUUAUGCCGAGUGAAGUAAACGUUUCCUCUGAAGAAAAUGGUGUGGUAAACAAAGAAAAUUUGCAAAAAGAGGAGCUUGCCAGGAAUAAAGUUAGCAAAAAUAAAAACAGUAUAAGUAGGGCAAGUUUUCAUGUUGAAAUUGAUCAGCUAAUAUUUUGCUUAGUAGCAUAUGUUCCUACCAGUAAUGUAGCAGCAACAGUUGGAAGCAAACUGAAGAAUUUGGAUGAACUUUAGGUGUUGUACAAAUGUGUAGCUCACAAGAAUUUUUGUUGUCUGUCUGUGACUCUGUUUUCUUCCUUUUUUUCUAUAAAUUUUUUCUUGUUCUUCCUUUUUUUAUUUCCACAUUUUCUGUUAUUCAUUCUUCUUCAUUCUUACAUCCAUGCUUCUGUCUGGUGCAGUCUUAAUGUUAAUCUUGCCAAAGAUGUUCCUGUCUCAUACUGAUGAGAUACGAUGUUGAUGGUAUCCCCAGCUAUUCCAUGCAUACAGGGUAAUUAUAGAACUGCUAAAAAAACAGACACUACAGCUUGAUUAUAGUGACAAGAGCCUUAUCCCCAGAUCCUGAAUUAUCAUUAUUAUAAUUGUUAAUGAUCUUCAGGAAGCUUAUUUGAUAAGGAGUUCAAGCUACAUGACCUGAGUGAAAUAUCAGCUGAAAAAAAUUACAGUUUAACCCAAAUGUUGUGGUAACUGUAGUAUUAUUUUGUGAAACGUCCCUGUGCAUAGAUGGCUCUGCUAGUGCUUAGCCACAAAGAAGUCAAUUAGUAGAUCUUGUGACCUCACUUGAUUUCACCUUGCCUUGAAUUAAUAGCAGUAUUAGAUACCACAAAAUAUUUUCUAAAAUCAAGGAAAAGGGUGAGAUAGGUAGUACUCAUAAUUGGCUCACUGGUGACUUAGUACUUGUGGAGCCAUCUGUAUGUAAAAUCAAUUCAUAAAUCAAACUCACAGUGGGCAUGGCAUGUACAUACAUGUUUUCAAUAUUAAUUUGAAAUAGCUUGGAAAGUUGGCAAUAUACUCAAAGUUAGGUUAGAUGUACGCUCAUAGCGUUAUUAUUCAGUGAUCUAUCUAUGGCUGUGUAUGAGAAAUUUUGAAUUAGUUUAGAGAAGAGUGCUGGUCUCUCCUACACUCUUAGGAAGUCUAAAAUUUCUAUAGCUACUUUAUUUUCAUAAAAUAGGGUGAGUCAUUGCAUGGGAUAUUUCCUGUUGGCUGAAGGAGUAGCUUCCCAUGAAAAUCAAAAGCAUAAAGGAAAAAGAGAGAGAGUGAAAAAAAAUACAUUCCUGUGCAAGAACCAAAAUAUGUUUCCAUACUUCAUAAAGGUAUAUUUAUUUUUAUGAUUUCUUAAAGAUUGAUUUCAUUUCCAAUUCAUCCAUGCACCAAAUCUAUAUUAUGAUUGAAAUAUUUAGUUGCCAUUAUAGAUGAAAUAUCAUGAAAUGUUGAAUAGAUUCAGAGCUGAAACUAAAACAUUUGAGAGCAAAGGCUGUGAAAUCAGAAACUAACGAAUCCUUAAAAAAUAUGAGGAUUUCAGCAUACAGACUUCAGUAAGUUAAACAGGAUAAUCAUUGUGUAUUAGAGAUAUUUGGAUUUAAAGAAUCAGUCAAAUUUAAUUACAUGAAUGAAUACAAAUGGACCUUUUGCAUUGAGUUAGUGGAAAAGGCUAAUGUUCUUUGGAAUUAUAAUGUGAUUACCUGUGAUAGUGUUAAUAUUUUUGUAAAUAAAUGCAGUAUACAGAACAUUU